CUUUGUCAGCGACCAUCAGACUUAUCCCAUCUUGUUUGAAAAUUGUCAGCUUGUGCAAAAAUGAAGAUCAUCAUAGCUCUGCUUGCUUCGGUAGUCGCCUGCGUUGCUUCAAUCCCAGUUAAUGAUACCGCCACUUCGCCAUCUAGCUUCAAAUUGACAAUCGGAAAUGGUGAACAGGAGAUCACGAUCGAUGAAAAUAGAAACACUGAGGUGUACGUCACGUCUGGUUCUGACGAUGCCGUCAUUAUCAAAGACUUUAACCAGAGAUUGGAGGUGAUCGUUCCUAAAACUGGGGAAAGAUGUUUCGUGAGACCAUUACGUGCGAGUAGAAACGUAGACCCAUCCAAGUUGAAGAAAGACUUAAAACAUGCCAUCGAUGAGGGAGUCGAGCCACAACUCGGAGACACUAGCGAGGAGCACCUCACCGUAGAUAACGUUCCGAUAAAAAGCAACUGCUUUGGCGAAAUAAUCACCGAGAAAUGCGAGGGCAGAAAUAUAUAUUGGAUGGAACCCGUACCACAUGGCGACGCCGAAAUGAUGAAGCGUGCCUUAGACUGUUACUACUAUACCUAUUGUGAUUAUACGUAUAUUGGUUUUGGAUGGUGGUCUUACGGAGUGUCGGUUGGUCUAUAGAUGUUACUACGUAUAAUGCGGCAUUACUUUAUAUCUUGAAUGAAGUUCGUCUAUGCCGAUACGCGUUACUACAGAACAUUCUAACUUGUGUCAGUUACUUGUUAUAAUACAUAUCCGGAAAUUGUACUGCCGUUAAAAUAAGUUUACACGUUUUCAACUAACCGCCAGUUUAUUCUAACCGCGUUUGUUCCGAUUCUUUUACAUGUAAGAUCAGGUAGAUAUUUACCGCUUCCAAUGCACCGAGUCAAAACAAAUUUGAUGUGUUGUUUUUUUAAAAACUAUACUUACAUAUUACGUAUCUGCGUUGCUAAUACAAAUACAAACACACUUAUAA